AUGAAGGCACGCUUAGUAUCAUCAUCGCGCCUUCUUUUGCGCGAAAGUCUCGUCUCAUCGCUUCGUCGAAAGAAGGAGAACGGUUUUAAGAGCGAAAAGUCUCGCCUCAAAUCGAACGCGUUCGCCUCUUCUUCUUCUUCUUCUUCUUCUUUGGAAAAGAAAAACAACGACGAAGAGGAUGGGGAAAUCGCAGACAAAACGAACCGAGCGCAACAACAACAACGGAAGGAGCAUCACACGCUUUCGCCGCAAACGUGCGAGCGCUUAAAAAUUCUCUUAAGCGUGGACAACCAAGGCUUGGACACGAUGUUGUCCACUUCAGAAGGCCGGGAGAUUCUCUCGUCCACGGACUCGAAAGUUUUGUUAACGCAGCUGAAAGUUUUGCAAAGUGCGAUACCGUUCGCGAAGGACAACUUGAGCGUUCUCGUGGUGGAGGCGCCGAUACUUUUGCGAUACGAUGAACGCGCGAUUGGAAAAGCGAUUCGAAACAUCGUCCCGUACAGUAUUUCUUCGAAAGACGGAGGGGUGAAAGUGAACGUGAAUUUAGUGUCGUGUGAAACGUUGUGUAAGAAGUGUCCGUCCGCGUUCGCGCACUGUUUGAGGUUGACGUUGCUCGACGUGCCUUUUCGAAAGUGGGAGUUGAGUUUACGAGAAUGGAUCUCGAGCGGCGGAGACGACUGGGCGCACUGUUUUACCGCCAGACCGAUCGUGUGCAGCGAGUGGGGGUAUAAGAGACAGAUUCAAAGUUUUGAAAGGAAAAAUCUUGAGGCGUGGACGAGAAAGGAUAGGGAUUCGAAUAGGGUAUACUCGGUGGGCGGACGUAAAGUCAAGUUGACCAGCGACCAAAACGAAGAUGAAGACGACUGA